AUGAUAAAACAUACCAACAAGAGAAUACUACGGCAUCUACGACCGAAUUGUUUAUUCACUUUCAAACUAAAAUUUUUAUCAACUCAUUCCAAGUUUUUCAAUCAAAAUCUAAUACCAUCAAAACAAUUUCAAAAUAGUUAUCAGCAAAUCAAUACGAUUCAUAAACCAAUUAAAGACGUAAUAGAUUAUCCGCAUGUAGAUGCAAAAGAUUUUCAGUUAAUUAUAGAUGACAGCAAUUCAAAUAUCCCACGUAUUGGCUCAUUUGUGGAGUUUCAAGAUGAUUGCAAAAUUAAAGCAGGGGUUGUAAUACAAGAUCUUCAAGCUAAAUUCGAUGAAAGAUUUAAUCAUUUGUUGGUUUUGACCACUGAUAACUCCAUUUUACAAAUUAAACCCACAAAUAUAAAAUUUCACUUGUAUAAAUUGAUUCAGGAUGAUAUCAUCGACUACCAUUCAAUAAUAGUUAAUAGACAUGAUCCAGCUCAACAAGAUAGAGAUAUGGUAUUAUCUUAUUUAAAAAAUUUUAUCAAUGAAUCUUUGAUCUACAAAAACAAAAUCUCACCAUUAUUCAACAACCUUCACAGUCAAUUUUCGCAGCGAAAAAUAGCACCUAUUUCAAUAUUAGACAUAGUUGAUGCAUUGAAAUUAAAAGAAUCAGAUGUAAUGAGAUUUGGAUCAUCAUUAUUUUGGCAGCAUGUUUUUUUGUAUAGUAUUCAUUGGAAUAUGAUUGAUUCCACAAAUUGGUUGGUACCAAAUUAUUUCGAAGCAAAUUCAGUAUCUAAUUUAGCGUUAUGGCAACAUUCAAAUGAUUAUCAUUCAAUAUCUCAAUAUUAUGUUAACUCGGAAAAGAAUCAGAGCAAUAUACAUCAAUUUCUACAUAAUUUUCAAAAUGAGAGUUAUAUUGAAGAAGUGCAAAAGUUUUUAGCUAAGCUUGGAGAAAUGACAAAGGAGGAGAUGAACAUAUACAUGAAAGUUUUUGAAGGGAGGCAUUUUGUUGAUGUAAUAGAAGUUAUGAAAUUCGCAAUAAUAUAUCCACAUGAUUCUAUACUAAAGGAGUUAAGUAAGCUUAAUUUGACUACAGUUACAGAUAUAUACAAAUUAUUGGUUGAUCUAAAGAUUUAUGACAAUACAACAAAUAUUUAUUUAUCACUGGGUUUAUUUGGAGCAACAAGACAAUUAAAUGUGUCAGAUACGAGUCAAAUAAAUAAUAAUCCUCGUUCACUAUUCAACGCAAAAGACAAUUUCAAGCAUUUGAGGACCAAAAAGUUUUAUCAUGAUCACGUAAUAUAUGGUUUGGGAGAGGAAGAUGAAUCCAGCCAGUUUGGAGUUUCAAUUGAAACAGUCAACUCCAGAAAGCAUAUUGUCAGUGUUCAUAUUCCCGAUUUGAUAUCAUUUAUUCCACCAGAUAGUUUAGUGUUUAGAAAUAUCUUUGAAAAUAGUUUCAUUAAGAAUAAUACUUCCGUGCAAAAUGAAUUAUUUCCUGCAAAUUUGAAAAACAAAAGAAGUUUCAACACAUAUGCCAACUUUCAUGAGAAUGAUGAAGUAUGGGAAAAUAUUGAUGCCCCAAAGAAAAAAAGAAGAAAUAUUUCAGAAGUUACAUGCUUGACUAUUUCUUUUCAAUUCAACUCAUUCGAGACAAACUCGUUUGAAUCAUUCAACGACAAAAUUUCAGUCAGUUUUGAUUCCAUAUCCAAUGUCACUGUAAAGAAUGUGAACAACAGAAUCUUGCAAAAAUGUUUGACUGGUCAAUUAGAGCCCUCAUUUUUCAAAUUACUCAGAAUGAAGCGUGACAAGCAAGAAGAAACGGAGGAUAAAGAUGUCCAUUUAAAUAAAGUUGAUAUACAUAAUUUAAAUUAUAUAUAUCAUGUCAUGAAACUGUUUUUCAAAAGUAGAGAAUUUGCUGGAUCUGCAUCAGUUGGUUCAAAAUCUCAAGCUGAUUUCAUGAUUGAUGAAACCAAAAAUUUUGCAAAUUGUUUGGCAGCAGAAUUUUUCUCACAAAAUAACGUGCCGGUAGUGAUAAGAUUACAAGAUUUGGAUCAGAACGAAUAUAGUCUGGAUGAAGUUUUAGUUGAACAUGAUAAUAUGUUGAUACCUGCUUUUGAUUCAGAAAGAUAUUCUCAUAGUAUUAUGGCAAAAAAUGUGAAUGGAUAUAUAUCUGAGAAUGCCAAGGUGAUUUCAAACAAUUAUUUAGCUCCAGCGACAAAAAACUUGAUCAAUUUUGAGAGAAACUUACCCAUGGGGUUCAAUCGAGGAUCAGUUGAUAUUAUUAAUGUUUUUGAUUCUGGGGAAGCUUUACUAAACCAAUAUCAAUUGUUGUCAUAUAUGCAUUAUCUUCUUUCAUUACAAAUGGAUACCAUAGAAAGAAUACAAAAAUAUAACCAUUUAAAAAGUUUGGGAUACAAUUUACAAGGUCCUUUCACUCAAAGUCAAUUAAGUGCGUUGAUUAAACAAGAUGAUAAAAUUUGGAACUAUCAAAUGAAUAAAUUCAAAAAAUUAAGAUCUUUACAAGAAAAACCCGAAUCUCUUCAAUGUGUUGUAACUAACAUUAAACAAAGAGAUAGAAAUCAAGUGUUGUGUCAAGCAUAUUGUUUUGAAUUGGGGAUUGAAAUAGAUGCAAUUACCAAAAAUCAAGAUAUCAAAGUUGGUGGAAAAUUACAAGUUGAUGAGAUUAUAAAUAUAGAUCCAAUUAAUGGUAAAUGUACAUAUUUGGAAACGUUAGGUACUUUAUAA